AAACCAAGCAAAGCCACCCUCCUCUCGAACUCAGAAUAAUCUCUCGUCCUUUUUUGUGCCUUUUCUUGUACUUCCCAUCCCUUGCUCGGCUUUGAGUUGAUCCAUCGACCACAAAAAAAGAAAGAAGAGAAAAAAAAUUUGCAGUCUCCCUCACUCGCUGCUGUCCUAUGCGACUAUUUUGUCCCGGUCGUUUGAUCAAUCCAAGGACAACUCAAUGAGAUGAUGCUGGCGAUGAGGUGAAGUGAACCCUCCUAUUAAAGUUGUUUUUUUGGCUCCCUCUCACACAACAUGAUCAGCUCUAGAUCAUCUGGGCUUGGAUCAGGCGGAGAUAAAAUCUUCAGGUUCAUUAUUAGUUGAAAAAGAUCCGAUUUUUACUGCAGAGACUUUCUGUGAGCGAACUUCUCUCUGCGCCUCCCAUGUUUUUGCACCAAACAAGUUAUUAGAACUUGGAAAAGAGCACCACCAAUUUGCAAGAGAAGGUUCUCCCUUGUAUUAAAACCGCAACUUAUAUUGAUUCGAGAUUAAAGAGAUGCCACUGUGAGGAGGAUACUGACAGUUGGAGAGGCUCGUUGAAUCCAGGUGUUCCACUUCUCCCCCAGAAAGCCAAAAACCACUGCUGCGAGUGUGCCACUCUCCUGCAAGAAACUGUGAGCCAAAACACCGGCUCUGUUCUUGGCUAAUUAAAUCCCUCCCCUGAACCCCAGUUGCUGCUCUGUUUGGAUUCAGGUCUUCGCAAUUCUUGGAUUCCCCAGCAAGAACUGUUCUUCUCCCAGCCAAGAUCCCAAAUUUUUGAUCCGAGGCUCCACUCGGAACCAGGUAGGCAGGCUCCGGUGAAGAAGCCAUGGUGUCCCGCUCCUACUCCAACCUGCUGGACCUGGCCACCGGUGCGGCGGACCAGGCGCCGGCGCCGGCCGCGCUCGGCGCGCUCCGGCGGCGGUUGCCGCGCGUGGUGACCACCGCGGGGCUCAUCGACGACUCACCGCUGUCGCCCUCGACGCCGUCGCCGUCGCCGCGGCCGCGCACCAUCGUGGUCGCCAACCACCUGCCUAUCCGUGCUCACCGCCCGGCGUCGCCGUCGGAGCCGUGGACCUUCUCCUGGGACGAAGAAUCGCUCCUCCGCCACCUACAGCACUCGUCGUCCUCCCCCGCCAUGGAGUUCAUCUACAUCGGCUGCCUCCGCGACGACAUCCCGCUGGCCGAGCAGGACGCCGUUGCGCAGGCGCUCCUCGAGUCGCACAGCUGCGUGCCGGCGUUCCUGCCCCCCGACAUCGCCGAGCGCUACUACCACGGCUUCUGCAAGCAGCACCUGUGGCCGCUCUUCCACUACAUGCUGCCGCUCUCCCCGGACCUCGGCGGCCGCUUCGACCGCGCGCUGUGGCAGGCGUACGUGUCGGCGAACAAGAUCUUCGCGGACAAGGUGCUCGAGGUGAUCAACCCGGAUGACGACUUCGUGUGGGUGCACGACUACCACCUCAUGGUGCUCCCCACCUUCCUCCGCAAGCGCUUCAACCGCAUCAAGCUCGGCUUCUUCCUCCACUCGCCGUUCCCAUCCUCGGAGAUCUACAAGACGCUCCCCGUGCGGGAGGAGCUGCUGCGCGCGCUGCUCAACUCCGACCUCAUCGGCUUCCACACGUUCGACUACGCGCGCCACUUCCUGUCCUGCUGCGGCCGUAUGCUGGGGCUCUCCUACGAGUCCAAGCGGGGGCACGUCUGCUUGGAGUACUACGGCCGGACGGUGAGCAUCAAGAUCCUCCCGGUGGGGGUGAACAUGGGCCAGCUCAAGACGGUGCUCGGGUUGCCGGAGACGGAGGCGAAGGUGGCCGAGCUGAUGGCGACUUACUCCGGGAACGGGAGGGUCGUCAUGCUCGGCGUCGACGACAUGGACAUCUUCAAAGGGAUCAGCCUCAAGCUGCUCGCCAUGGAGGAGCUGCUGCGGCAGCACCCCGAGUGGCGGGGCAAGCUGGUCCUCGUGCAGGUCGCGAACCCGGCGCGCGGCCGCGGCAAGGACGUCGACGAGGUGAAGGGGGAGACGUACGCCAUGGUGCGGCGGAUCAACGACGCGUACGGCGCGCCAGGGUACGAGCCGGUGGUGCUGAUCGACGAGCCGCUGCAGUUCUACGAGCGCGUGGCGUACUACGUCGUCGCCGAGGUGUGCUUGGUGACCGCGGUCCGCGACGGCAUGAACCUGAUCCCCUACGAGUACAUCGUCUCCCGGCAGGGCAACGAGGCGCUCGACAGGAUAGUGGAGAUGAGCAAGCCGGAGGAGAAGAAGAGCAUGCUGGUGGUGUCCGAGUUCAUCGGCUGCUCCCCAUCCCUUAGCGGCGCGGUGCGGGUGAACCCGUGGAACAUCGAGGCCGUGGCCGACGCCAUGGAGAGCGCGCUCGUGCUGCCGGAGAAGGAGAAGAGGAUGCGCCACGACAAGCACUACCGCUACGUGGACACCCACGACGUCGGCUACUGGGCCACCAGCUUCCUGCAGGACCUCGAGAGGACGUGCAAGGAUCACUCGCAGCGGCGGUGCUGGGGCAUCGGCUUCGGCCUGCGGUUCAGGGUGGUGUCGCUUGACCUGAGCUUCAGGAAGCUCGCCAUGGAGCACAUUGUUCUUGCUUACCGGAGGGCCAAGACGCGCGCCAUCCUGCUCGACUACGACGGCACGCUGAUGCCGCAGGCGAUUAACAAGAGCCCGAGCACCAAUUCCGUCGAGACGCUGACCAGCCUUUGCAGGGACAAGAACAACAAGGUCUUCCUCUGCAGCGGGUUCGACCGCAGCACUCUCCAUGACUGGUUCCCCUGCGAGAACAUCGGCUUGGCAGCUGAGCACGGGUACUUCCUGAGGCCGUCGAGGGAUGCAGAGUGGGAGACUUCCAUUCCGGCUGCGGACUGCAGCUGGAAGCAGAUCGCGGAGCCGGUGAUGUGCCUGUACAGGGAGACAACGGACGGCUCGAUCAUCGAGAACAGGGAGACGGUGCUCGUCUGGAACUACGAGGACGCAGACCCUGACUUCGGUUCGUGCCAAGCCAAGGAGCUCGUCGACCACCUCGAGAGCGUGCUCGCCAACGAGCCCGUCUCAGUGAAGAGCACCAUCCACUCCGUCGAGGUCAAGCCACAGGGCGUGAGCAAGGGCCUGGUGGCGCGGCGGCUGCUGGCGAUCAUGCAGGAGAGGGGCAUGUGCACAGACUUUGUGCUGUGCAUCGGCGACGACCGCUCCGACGAGGACAUGUUCCAGCUGAUCACCAGCCCGACCUGCGGCGAGUCGCUGGCGGCCACAGCGGAGGUCUUCGCCUGCACCGUCGGCCGCAAGCCGAGCAAGGCCAAGUACUACCUCGACGACACGGCGGAGGUCGUCAGGCUGAUGCAGGGCUUGGCCUCCGUCUCAGAUGAGCUGGUUCAGGCGGCGAACCCCUCCGAGGAGGACGACCCAGAGGAGGCGUAGGGCGCGCACGUCGCGCCAAGGAGUAGGCAGUGCACCGGCGAGUCGCGUUUGUUAUCCCGCUUUGAGCGUUUGCUGGGUAGUUAGGUGUAUAUGAUUUCCUACGAUUUUUCAGGGUAUUGUUACCGUCGGUGAAUUAGUCCUUGCUGAAUUGGUUUGCCAGCUAGUAAUAAGAGUGUCAUUCAGCAUUUGAUCUAGAUUAAUGCUCAUGUUACCACAACGAUGGUUUUUUUUUUUUUGUGUCGAACUAGAUCUUGAUAAAUCGGAUGCCCGAUGGAUGACCAGUUCAUCUGGAGCAAAUCUGCCCGCCUGAUUUCACUACCGAUUCGUCGAUGAACACUUAUUAUGCAGUCUAGCAGAGCUUCCCCAACCAGGGCCUGCCUAUGCGAUAUACAGAGUAUGACCACAUGGAGAAGGGUAUAGACAGGUUUGGUAACAUGGAGUGUACUGAGAUUAAAUGGUGCAUAUUGACUUCGGG